AUGACACAAACAGGAGCCGCUGGGCUCUUGCAACGACAGCUGAAAUACAUGCAAGGCGCAAAAGAUCUUCCCGGAAUCUCUUGUGGUCUUUUGGAAAAUGAUAUCUUUGUGUGGGAAGUCAUGCUCAUGAUUUCGGAUGACUGCAAGUACUAUGGCGGCGGCAACUUUUGCUGCUUACUGGCAUUUCCGUCCGAAUAUCCGCUCUUGCCACCCACCCUCACCUUCCGCAACCCCAUUCCCUUCCACCCCAACAUAUACGCAGAUGGCCGCCUUUGUAUCUCCAUCUUACAUGCACCGGGUGAAGAUCAGUAUGGCUAUGAAAGUGCAGCGGAGCGCUGGAGCCCUGUCCAGACUCCUGAGACCAUUCUGCUUAGCGUAAUCAGUCUACUACACAGUCCAAAUGAUGAAAGUCCGGCUAAUGUGGAGGCCGCCCGCCUUUGGCGGCUCGAGAAGAGCAGUGGUGACAAGGAGUUUCGAAAGAGAUGCCGACAGAAAGUAAGAGAAAGCUUGGGGGAUGAAUGA